AUGUCUUCACCAUCCCGCCAAAUCAAAUGUGUGGUGGUUGGCGAUGGUACUGUUGGAAAAACUUGCAUGCUGAUUUCGUACACCACUGACAGUUUUCCGGUGCAAUACGUUCCAACUGUAUUUGACAACUACUCCGCUCAGAUGACAUUGGAUGGCAACAUCGUCAACUUGGGAUUGUGGGAUACUGCCGGUCAGGAAGACUACGAUCGACUGCGCCCAUUGUCAUAUCCACAAACCGACGUGUUCAUUCUUUGCUUCUCCGUUGUGUCGCCGGUCUCAUAUGAUAAUGUUGCGACGAAAUGGAUUCCGGAAAUCCGCCAGCAUUGCCCCGACGCGCCCGUUAUUUUAGUCGGCACAAAACUUGAUUUACGCGAUGAGCCCGAACCUUUAAGGCAGCUUCAGGCCGAAGGGCGUGCGCCGAUCACGAAAUCGCAAGGGCAAAAGAUGGCGCAGCGAAUUAAGGCGGUGAAGUAUUUGGAAUGCUCAGCGCUAACACAAUCGGGAUUGACUCAGGUGUUCGAAGAGGCAGUUCGCUCAAUUCUUAAUCCAAAGCCGAUCAAGAAGAAAAAGUCAUGUAACAUUAUGUAA